AAAUUAGGUUAUCUUGUUAACCGUCGUGCACUUGGUGCUCUUGUUGGAAGCUAUUUCGUACUAAUUGAACCGUCGCGGUGUGCAGCGUAGCCAACCCCGAUCGGGACUUCGCCUCAACAUGACCAUAUCCGCAGCGUCGGAGGAUAACUCGACGACGUCCUACUCUGCUUCUUCAGCGGGGCGAAUAGCACACGGAGCUGCUAUGGUCAUUACACAGCGGCUCGCGGAGUCGCCAGAUCUAGCGCUACCCAGCAGUCUCUACAAGGAUGCAGCAAAUCCACCGGCUGUCGCAAGUGUAUUGGCUUACCUCCAAACCCUACUUGAUAAGGACCCCGCUGCCUUCUUAGCAAGGUACGGCGGGCUGUUGCAGAGCCAGGAGCUCAACCAUUUCGAGGCGCUGCGCUCCGCAGACUAUGAGGUGGACCACUGGCUUGGGCAUUUCGCGACGCAGCGAUUGGCGGAUGCGCAGCAGGCGGCUAACCCCAGGCGCCUGCCCGCACGCGUCAAGAACCGCCGGCUGGCCGCCAUGCGGCGACUGGCAGCUGAGGGCGAGUACUUUAGCGAGGAGGCUAUGCGCGACCGCGCGCCGCUGCUGUACCACCAGCAGAUCGGCCGGUUCGUGCAGCCGCAGGAGGAGCAGCAGGGGCAGCAGGAGGCGGAGCAGGGUGGAGGAGGAGGAGAGGAGGAGGCGGAGAGGAGGCUGUGCGGCGGCGAGGGUGCAGGCCCCAGUGGCAGCGGGAUGGGCGGCAGCUGCCUGGCAAGCGCACUGCGGCAGGCCUUGGAGCGCAGCCAAGGCGCCGGGCAGGCGGGCCCGCCUGGAGGCGCAGCGGUGUCUCAUGGAGAGGCAGCGGCCCCUGGCCCUUCACGCAACGGAGGAGGGUCUGCGGCGGCUGCACAUGAUGGAGGUAAAGGUGGUGCAGGGCCUGGGACCAGCCAUGAAACGGUAGGCAAUGGUGGCGACGCGGCGAUGCCGGACGCUUCUGCCACGGGGCGCAGCGGCGGUGGCGGAGGCUUGCCGAGCGCCGGGGCUUGUACGACGGAGUUGCGUUUCAGUGAGUUUUUGAUGCGGCAGGACGACGAAGCGCAGCUGGUGCGCCGAAGGAUGCAGGAGCAGAUGGAGGAGGAUGCGCAGCUGUCGGAGCAUGAAAGCGACGAGGAAGAGGAUGAGAGCGGCCGAUCAGCGGGUGCAAGCGACAGCGACGCUAUGUCUGACGGGCGGCCGCGAGGUCACAGGGGCCGUCACAUGGCUCCCUCGGCAACCGAGGUGGCGCAAAUGCGGCGAGACUUCAUGGACGAGAUGCAGAGCCGCUUCCUGCUGGGACAGGACGCGCAGUACGUGGACUAUGGCAGCAUUGAUGCGGACGCCUCCCUGGAUGGGGACUGGAUCGAGCAGGAGUCGCGAGACGCGGAGGAAAAGUACUUUGAUGAGGACUGAGUGGAACGCCGGCAAGGGCGUGCAAGGGCGUGGGUUGAUACCGUAUUGAUGACGGCUGGUAGGGAUCUCGCCCGCUAGCGGCUGUGUAAGAUGGGUGUGCAUUAGGGCGGAGGUAUGCGUUGAGUUGAAGAGCUUUUGCGGAGGGGGCGCCUUGCCGCUUCUGAGGGGCUGGCUUUAGAGGUGGACGGGUGGGCGGACUGGGCUUUGACUGUCCAUAACUGUCCUCCAGUGUAAGCUUCGCUGUUGC